GAGCCGCGCGGCACCGCCUGCAGGAGCGGGAGGCGGGGCGGGCCGCAGCCGCCCCUCAGGCCGCCCCUCAGGCCGCCCCUCAGGCCGCCCCUCAGGCCGCCCCUCAGGCCGCCCCUCAGGCCGCCCCUCAGGCCGCCCCUCAGGCCGCCCCUCAGGCCGCCCCUCAGGCCGCCCCUCGCGGUUUCUGCUCUUCUUUUUCACUCCUAAAGCGGGGAUUUUACCCGCGUAGCUCGUGUGAGAUCCGUGCUGCAAAGCGCAGCUGUGAAGAGUUAGGCAAGUGGCAGUUUUCCUUGCGGCUGUAAAGGCGGGGAAAUUGCGGCUGCACUCCGAGAUGGGUAAAAUAUCCUGGUGUGCCUGCACACAGCCAGGCCAGGCCCAGCACCCAAGUUGCCAGGGUUCAGCUUCCCAAGUUCCAGGGGCCAGCUGAGGAGUGUGUCACUGAGAGCUGGAAGGUGCUGGGCAGUCAAGACCGUGGUGGCAACAGAGGGAGAAGGAUGAAAUCUCUGAGUGUUUGGACCUUGAAUCAGUAACGGGCUGGAAUAAACGUGGAGGGCAGGAGUCCAGUUGCUCCAGGUCAGAAUGACAUCGUACAGAGCUAACUCUUCUGGAAGCAGAGACAGGAGGAAACUCGACCUGCACAUUGUUGCACCAUCUGCUGGUAGCAUCUCCGUCGACAGACACACCUUGAACAGGGCUUGUAAUUCCUCUCAGACAUGGAUGGAUAUGUCCACACCUAGAGACACAAGACCACCAUUAUAAAGCUUCAAGAUUCAGGGUGAAGCAACUUGUCUGGCCUAGCUUCUCAGAGGAUGUUUAACUGACAGCCCCACUAGACUGCAUCAUGGAGAAGACAGACGCAGCCAGCCAGGCAGCCAAACCUGACGGGGAGAGGGAGCAGCCCCGCAGCCUCCCCUACUCCCUGGAGACGCCGUAUGGCUUUCACUUGGACCUGGACUUCCUGAAGUAUGUGGAUGACAUCGAGAAAGGGAACACCAUCAGAAGGGUGCACAUCCACCGGAAAGCCAAGCAGCCCAAAUUCAGCACCCUGCCCCGAAAUUUCAGCCUGCCUGAGAACGGCUGCCGUGGAUGCACGUCUGCUCCCAGCAAGAGCUGGACAGCGACCUGCUCCUUCCCCCAGCGAAAGGCGUCCCUGGGGGCCGAGGAGGCCCCUCAUCCCCUCCUGCCCAGCGAGCUGACCCUUCCCGAGGAGCCGAGUUACCGGAGAAAAGCCCUUUUGGCGGAGACGUGGCGGCAGGCGGAGCUGGGGCGGCCGGAGGAGGAGCUGUGGGGGCGGCCGCAGCUGCUUCGAGCCUCCAGCCUACCUGAGGCUCUGCCCCCCGGCCAGCCCCCUCCAGGGCACCCACGGCUGCCCUCACCCCUUCAGACACCCCCCCAGCCCUGCAACCAUCAGAGUGGCUCCGAAGGCAUGGUUCACCUCGUGCCACAUUCACCCAGCUCUGAUGGCAUCAUUCCCCAGAUGAGCUCAGAGCAAGACGUGUCCUUGGGGCAGAAGGAGCAUGCAGGGGGUGGCAGCCCAGGGAUGAUGCAGGUGCAUUCUCCGUGGCCCAGCCCACAUCCCACCACGCAGCAGCUGCAGGUGCUGAUGGAGAGUGGAGGUGAGGAGGGUGAUGCCACUGAGGCCAGUGGUUGCUCUGCCUUGGCCGAGGGUGAACCAGCCCCACCAGAUGCCCUCCAGCUUGCAGAGGAGAUCACAAACCCUGGGGAAGGACAGUUAAGCAUGAGUGAAAUUGCUCUGAAUGUGCUAGAGAAAUGUGAGGAUGGGAGUGUCCAGGAUGGAGAGGACAAGGAGAGCUGUGGUCCUCAGCUUCAGGACACAGGAGAGCCCAGCAGCAUCAUUGCUCUGAAGCAGCAGGUUGCUGCUCUGGAGGAGCAGCUCAGCAAGAAGAAGGAAGAGCUGGAGCAGGUCAAGGCAGUGUUGGAGCAGCAGGAUCAUGAGAUCAAGGAGAAGGAGAAAAGCAUUAAGUUACUGGCCAGAUCCAAAGCUCAACUGGAAGAGAAGCUGUCCCAGGAAAACACUGAGGAGUCCAAGCCACCGUCCAGGAGGAGCAGCGAGGCUCUGCAGUGCGCUGAUGCUGCGGUCAACACCGACCUCUCACAGGUAACUGGAGCCAAGCAAGCCCACGAUAAAGGCAUCAACGUAAAUAUCCCAGUCUCCACCAGAUCCAUAGGAUGCAGCAUCCGUGGAGCAGACAAUGCCCAGGCCAUGGAGUGGGGUGCUCAGAGAGAUCAGGGACUGGCAGACACUUACACCAGUGUCAGUGGAGAAGGAGCUGGACAUUUUGGGGAAGCCGACAUUGAGGCUGGCCUUCACACACCGUGCUUCACCCAGCUGAAGAUUGAUGAGCACCGCAGCGAUGACAAUCAAAAUCACAGGAACAACCACAACAGCCAGAGUCUCACUGCUGGUGCAGUGACAGCAGAAAGCUGUCAAGGAGCAAGAAUUGGCUCAAAUCCAGAAGAAAAUGAAGCAGGCUUUGGUGAAGAUAAACCUCGGGAAGGGCUGCAAGAGGAAAGUCCGCAUGACCACGAGGAUCUCCCUGCUGUUGACCCCAUUGGCCAAUAUGUAAAAAAAAUCCAGGAGCUUUUGCAGGAGCAGUGGCUGUGCCUGGAGCACGGCUACCCCGAGUUAGCCAGCGCCAUAAAGCAGCCGGCCUCCAAGCUCAGCUCCAUCCAGAACCAACUAGUUAAUUCCUUAAACUCGUUGCUGUCUGCCUACUCCACUCAAGGGCCAACUGAUAAGAAGAACUCAAACACACACUAUCAACAGUUGGAAAUCUCUCCAACCACAAGUCUUAAAUCUAUCAUGAAAAAGAAAGGUUGUGGUUUCCAUGCAGGAGGCAAUGGGACCAAAAAGAAUCUGCAGUUUGUUGGGGUAAAUGGUGGCUACGAGACAACUUCCAGCGAAGACACAAGUUGUGAAGACAGCCCAUCAGAUGGGGACGUGGAGAGCGAGACUGAGAGAAGAGCUGAUGAUUUGGAGCCCACACAGGGAAAGGCUGGAGGUGAAAGCAAGGAGGCUUCGUCAGGGACCUCCUCACAGGAGAGACAUGACGAUGAUGACCCACAGGAGCCAUCGGCAGAAGCAGCACCUUGCACUGAGCAUGAGGCUGACAGAUGCAAACCCUCUGAAGAUUUCCUUGCUGCCUGCCAGCUCCUCAGCGAGCACCUCUCGGAAAUCAGGACCACAAGCGACAAGCAUCUGCGGCACGUCCUGAGCAGCGUCUGCCAGGAGUGGUUCCGGGUGUCCAGCCACAAGACUUCCAGCCCAGAGGUGGUCGCAGGGUAUCUCGAGGUGCUGGGGACCAGCCAGCCCCAGCUGCUGGCCAUGCUGGUGAACCUGGCUGACAGGAACGGCAACACGGCUCUUCACUACAGCGUUUCCCACUCCAACUUCCCGAUUGCAAAGCUCCUGCUGGACACAGGCCUGUGCCGCCUGGACCUGCAGAACCGCGCCGGCUACACCGCCGUGAUGCUCACCCCCCUGGCGGCCGCCGAGACGGCCGAGGACAUGGAGGUGGUGAUGAAGCUGCUGAAGGAGGGGGACGUCAACCUGCGAGCUGCCCAGGGGGGCCAGACUGCCCUGAUGCUGGGGGUCAGCCACGAGCGGGAUGACAUGGUGAGAGCCCUCCUGACCUGCCAGGCUGAUGUCAACCUGCAGGACGAGGAGGGGACAACAGCCCUGAUGGUGGCCUGCAGGCAGGGCAACGCCGACAUGGUCCGGCUCCUCCUGGCCCAGCCCGGCUGCCAGGUCACGCUGACGGACAAGGGCGGGAACUCGGCCCUGUCCUUGGCCCGCGGGGACAUCGCGGCGCUCCUGCGAGCGCACACCGAGCAGAGCCCGCCCCUCUCCUGACCAGCGGGGAGAAGGCACCGGAUGGGGAGUGGGGAACAAACAGCUUCUGCUUGCUACGGUCCUGCUGCAGCUGCGGCCAAUAUCCUGGCUUUCCAUAGGGUGUGGGGCAAGGAACCCUGCCACUGAUCUGCCUCCAUUCCCUGUGUCCACCUUCCCUCCCUGCUCCUGCUUCCCCCAUGGAUGCACAUCACUGCCACACACCGAGCUCUCCUCUGCACUCCUCCCAGCACAAAUCUGGCAGGUGAGCGACUCAAACCAAGGAAAAAAGCACAUUAGAGAAGCAAUACUUAGUCUUCUGUAACCUUAGAUGAUGGUUUUAAUCAACUACUUAACUGUAUCUCAUUUAACUUGUAAGUUUGUGUCCUUAUAUUUAUUAUUAGCUCUUCUAUACAUAGCAGCAGUGAUUAUUCAGUACAUGUAACAACAAACACAAGCUGGACGGAUUUAUGUAAAGUGUAAAAUCCUAUUUAUGUUUGCUUCUGUGGGUCUGAGUUAAGAAUUAAAAGUUAAUGCUGUAGGAAAAUGUUUGAGUAGACCAGGCCCAAACACACAGACAAGUUUUGCCUCUAUUUGGACUUACCAUGUGGCUCUUACUUUUCCUCAUCAAGUUGGAGCUCAUGGGGAGGCAGAGCCCGUGGGGCUGCCCAGCCACACACACAGUGCUCGGGCAGCCGAGCGGAGCUGGUUAUCCCAAGAUCACAACAGGUUCCCAUCCCAGGAUGUGUUCAUGUAGUCCAAGAGUUUUGUGGAACAACUGUGCUGACAGAAACAAGCACCUGCUCUCUGCUUUCCCUCAUGCUGCACUUUCAGAUGCUCAACCUGCUCCCACAUAAAGCUGUGCUGUGGUUUAACUGCUGGAUUCAGCGGGUGCCAGGGCCUCCGUCACCUGGAAUCAUACAUAGAGCAGGUUUGUUUUUAUUAAUUAAAUCCCUCUGCUGCUGGCAAAGAGGGAGGGCACAGGGCCCACUUUUCCAAACAUCUUUACACUAAGUUCCUCUGUAGUGGAAAACACCAUUUCAUGAGGCUGUGCUGCAUCAGACCCUGAUGCUCUCCAUAGGCUUUGGUGGGCCUGGAUGCCCACCAGUUGAGCUGCUGGUACAACCUCACAAACCCAGCUCUACCUGCCAUCACUAAAAACCAUCUCCCUAGUUAGCCCAUUGCUUUUAAGCACUGCACUACUUUGGUUGCUUUCAAGUCAGUUCAUGUGAUGAUGAGGUCUCUCCUGAGCUGCCUUUUCCCCUUCCCUUGAACUGUAGAGCCCUUGCCCAGAGCCCCUCUCCUCAUGCUGGGAACACUGUCUGCCUGGCAGGGAGGGCAGGACAGCCCCAGCCCUGUUUUCAACUAAGUUCUGCCAUCUGCUCUAGUUUUGUUCCUUCAUGGUUUCAGUCAGACACGUUCACCAUCUCAAUCGUUUAUCUGCCUUUUUUUUAACUCAGAAUGCAGUUACCUCUUUAUGUAUAAAUAAACUCGAGUUAAACCGUUA